AACACCUACCACCACUCCCCAUCCCGUAUCAUGCUCGCGUCGUCGCGUGUGUUGGCCGCGCAGCGCGCCGUCGUUAACCAGCGCAAGCGCGCUCUGCACGACCUUGUCACCCUCCCCGACCGCAAACCCAUCGUCUCGCAGGGCACACCAGGUUACAGUGCUGUCUCUGGCCAUGUCGUCACCGUCUUUGGGUCUACCGGCUUUCUGGCCAGAUAUAUGAUUUCCAAGCUUGCGCGGCAGGGAACCCAGGUUGUAGUACCUUACCGUGAGGAAGAUACCAAGAGGCAUCUCAAGCCCAUGGGAGACCUCGGCCAGAUCGUCUCGAUGGAAUGGGACCUUCGGAACGAUGAUCAAAUUGCUGAGUGUCUGAGGCAUUCGGAUAUUGUCUACAACCUCGUUGGUCGGGAUUACGAGACCAAGAACUUCAAAUACGAUGACGUUCAUGUCAAGGGUGCGGAGAGAAUAGCCAAGAUUGCCGCUGAAGUUGGCGUCCAACGCCUCGUGCAUGUUUCGCACCUCAACGCUUCAUCGUCUUCCAAGUCGGCAUUCUACCGUUCGAAAGCCGAGGGUGAAGAGCGCGUGAAAGCAGCUUUCCCUAAUGCCACGAUCAUCCGGCCCGCGGCUAUGUACGGUCACGAAGAUAAGUUCUUCAAUAAUAUGUCCAACUGGCCUAUUUGGUGGAAGCUUAACCACGGCGAAACCAAGAUUCGUCCCGUUCAUGUUAUGGACGUCGCUCAGGCGCUCGCCAAUCUCAUGGGAACGCCAUCAAUGCCCGGUACCUAUUCUCUUCCGGGCCCUCGGACCAUGACCUACGAGUACCUCCUCGAUCUUGUCUCGUCCGUUACCUACAACCCGCCUUCGGGCACCCCCACGUUGCCCAAACCCGUCGCCAUGGCCCUCGCCAAGGCGGCGCAGAACGUGUGGUGGCCUGCGCUUUCUCCCGACGAAGUUGAGCGGAGAUAUAUCUCUGACAGCGAGGUGGCCGGAGAUUGGGACGCCUUCGGCGUGGCGCCUGAUGCGAUCGAGCAACACGCAAUCACCUAUCUGAGAAGACAUCGCUCUGCGGACAACUUCACUCGCCCGGUGGUGUUCCCCGAUGGUCGAGCAACUGCGGCCUAGUCGGGACGAGAGUUGACGUGUUUAGCUACGAUGCUUUCCCGCCACCACAACUAGACAAGGCAAAAAAGGUUACAUCAGAAAGAACUCUUUUGCCGGGCGCCACAUUCAUUACCUAGAGCUCUUUUCUUGUUCUACAUCGACUUAGUACAAAGUUAAUGUAACCUCGUUGUCAAGUAGCUCAUCCCGC